AUGGUUCGUCGUACCAUGAUAAUUAUCGCUUUGCUGCUGGUUUUUGUCGUUCUUUGGAAAGAUUUCUUUUCAUUUCGCACGAUUAUUUUAUCUGGUUGUGAUUUUUAUGAUCAUUUUGAUUUUGAGUCGAAAAGUUACAACAAACAGUGUGGUUUGAAUUACUGGGGAAGAAGAAAGAAUUUCGAAAACAAAGAUGAUAUACGUUUUUUCCCGAUUUUGAAUAGCAUAUUAGCUCCGACAAAAGGAACAAUUGUCAUGAUUGAGUUCGGUGCUAAUAUUGGGCAAUUUAGUGAAACGGUGCUUAGCACUCCUCACAAUAUUCCAUUCGUUGUGUAUUCACUGGAGCCUGUGACUGCAAUAUUCAAUGUAUUAACAAAUCGAACGGUCAUGUUUGAAAAGCAAAAAGGUGAUAAACACUUUCAAUACAACAUUGCUAUUAGCAAUCAUAACGGGAAAGCACCUAUAUAUUCUGUGAAGGAUACUUUGACAGAAGGCGCUUCGCUUGGAAAAGAGCCAAAGUUUAAUUUCGUGAAAGUUGGAGACGUGUUAGUUACAACGUUGCCUGAUUUCAUAAACGAGUAUCACAUAAAAACUCCAGUUUCGUUUAUUAAAAUAGAUGUGGAAGGUUUUGAGCCAGAAGUCAUAAUGGGAAUGAAUUUAAAGACGAACAAGGAUAGAUUUCCGUUAUUCUGUUUUGAAACGGGUGGAACGUGGAGAGAUGAUCGAUCAGUUCUUGCUAAGACGUUCACAUUGAAAUCAUUUGUAGCGAUGCUAGAUGGUCAAGGAUAUGAUUCUUUUUUUAUUGGUUAUCCUUACCUAUUACCUAUAAAUGGAGAGUAUUGGGACGAUUCAUUUGAUGACUUUACUCGUGCUUCAAAUAUUUUGGCAGUAUUGCGUCACUCGAAUCCUUGGAAAAGUCUGUUUAUGAAGCUCAGAAAUGUCAGUCUUAAUUCUUGCAGAUGGCAGUAA